CAUUGACUGGAUACACUCGUCACACAGACACACGAAGAAACAAGACUGCAUUGUUUUGAUUUUACAUUGGUUAGUGUAUCUGGAAAGUAGGCUACAAAUAAUAAAAGACAGUAUAGGCCUGCGAACAUAUAACAUUGAAUAGGAUAAUUUUUCCAUUUCGAAAAGGAUUACAAUUUGCUGUUUUAAGGAGCCGCCGAUCAAUUCAACAGGUAGGUAGGUUGGUCCCUUAUUUGUCUCUCUUCUCUCGUUCUUUGAUAUAUUCCCAGACAAUAUGUCAAUGUGGCAUUUGAUUCAAUACCGCGUUCCUGAAUAGUUAGUUUUUGUUCUGCAUUACAUUUGCGAGAAAAAAAAUGGUAGUGGAAUUCGCAAAGAUAAAUCCAUUCCAUAGUUUAUGUUGGGGUAAUUAUUAAUUUAUCACUGAUAUUAAUCUUUACGAAUUAUUGAAUAUGGCUAUGUCAAUGGAAACACUAUUGAAUUUGCGGCCGCUAAUCUAAUAUGAAGGACCACCAUUUCGGAGAACCAUAAAAUGUAUGACCGAUGAGAGAAUUAUGCGCUUUUUCUGUCUCAGCAAUUUGUGAUGUCAUAGAAAUGAUGGUGUGUAAGUAAUUCCCCAAACUAGCCAAAUCGAUAUGCAAUAUGUUCAGGUUGCUUUGGAUAAGUGUGUCAAUGACCAUUAUACUAUUGAAUUCAAUGUGCAGGCUUUAUGUACAUUAUGUAUUAUCAUUUAAUAGCCUAACACAAUUUAAGCUCUAUUAAGCCAUUAUGUGCUCGGUAUAUAAUAAGACAUUGUAAUAUAAUAUGUAUACAUUGCAAAUUCAGUUGUUACUAUUUAGGAGAACAGUUCAUCUAUAGGCUGCAUGGGAAUUAAAUGUAUUACAACCAUCAGAGAAAUAUAUGAUACUGAUUUCCAUCAAGUGUGAUGUUAUUACUGAUGUCUAUUAGUGUUGCUCAUAAAGUUUCUCUGUUGAAUUGACCUGUAGAUUCCUGAUGUGUGACCUCAGCAUGGACCAAGUGGCCCCCCUGUCCACUGGCUACCGCUCCAGCCUCAAGGUGAGACUUCACAAGGCUGUGCCACUAAUACAGUAGAUGAGUAGGACAAUUGCAUACAUUGUAGUGCUGGAGAUGGUUGUGUAUAGUACAUAUAUGACUACUGUAUCACAACUGAUAAUGCAAGGUUGGAUCAAAAGCCUGCACCCCCAUUUGCUCUCCAGGACUGGAGUUGGACCACCCUUUACUCAAGGCUACUUAGUUAACAAAGCACGAUUUCCAAAGAUCAAAUGUCAGCAGAGAUUUAUUUUCAAAUCCUGCAUGUGUCGCAGCACACUUGUGGCUGCUAUUCUCCUUCUCCUUAACCAUAAGAGAAGAGAUUAAAGGAAAGAGGACUAAGCCAGACAUGUUAAACGUGAGGAUAAUUGGGGAGCUGAUAGAGGAGAGGCUCUGUCUUUCCACCUUCUCUACUGCCACUAAUGUAAUUCGUCCCCUUGGCAACUAGGAAGAAAAAAGGCUCUCAGGACCUUGAGGGCCCUGUUUGUGCCAGCCUACCUUUUCAAAGGAACGAAUAGACUAAUCAUGAAACACUUUAUGGAUCAAAGGAGAUGGUGUUUGGUUCUCCACCUCGAGUGUGGGGAGUUAGCGGUCAAUUUUUUAAAAUAAAAUAUCAUAAGUGCCUUACAGUAUUAGACUUACAGGCGCACCUAUGGCACUUUAGCGUACAUCUCUAUUAUCAAUGUCCUAGUGAUUUGUUAAGGUUUCAUGUGCGGCUUGGUAGUAUAACGUCAUUAGAAGUCUCAUCUGCAUCUGUAAAGGGCUAAUGCAGAGAUGGGUACAGUGCAGAUUCAAACAGUGCGCUUGUCUCAAAAGGGCUCCAUCUUAGCUAAUCAAAUUGUGAAGAAGAGUCUGGUUUCCCUAACCUGAUUUGAAGAGGGGGGAUGAGAGAGAGGGAAAAGGUAGAGAUAGAUAGAGGGAGGGAGGGGGAGGAGGAGGGGGUAAAGUUUUUUUUCUCACAAAGCAGCCGCCCACGCUGUUUGUGUGAACCCUUAGAGCUGAACUGAUGCCAGCUGCCUCAAGGGGAGUUUCUAGGUCUGCUAUGCUACGGAACAGGAAGACCAUAUAUGGUCGUCCUCUCCCAGUGGUUCAUGGCCUGGCUGGGAGAAUGAGAAAGACCUGAUGUGUUUGACUGAUGAUGACAGAUGUUCUACUGAAAGGGAGUGCCCACAUAAAGUAUUUUUCUCUCUUUGCUUUUGCCUGCCCUGUUAUCUUUUGCCUUUAUCUCACAUUAUAAGACUGUCUGAAGAAGUUAAUGAAGUUUUUCCUAAGUGAUUCACAGUAUCUGUGGGUGAUCAGCUGUUGGUCAUCAGGACAGGGCUAUACUUGUCUCACCUAAUUUAUCCAAUUAUGUAGACAUACAGUAGUAUGGGGCUUUCUCAAAUUAUCAGGCCAAAGAAAACAAUUUGUGUAUUUAUUUAUUUUACUAACAGUGUGUUGUUUUCCUAUGUGUUUGUCCUCUACAGCGGCAGGCAGCAUUUGACCUGUUUGAAGAUCCCAUGUCUCUGUUCUCUGGAUACUUCCUCCCCUCAGACGAUGAGCAGUCUCUUCAGGAGGUGCCCUCUGCCCUCAACUGUUUCUCACACGGUAUGCCACCACCACACCCUACCAACGAGUGCCACAUCACUUUAGCCCUCUACUUUACACCAGUCACUUUCAUAACACCUAUACCAACUAAUCACCCAAGCCCAAAGUCAGACCAAACUCUUCACAACUCUAUUAGUCAGUUAUUUGCCAGACAUGAUGUCACAAAGUUAACAAUGUAGAUCAACUGAUUGCUGGCAUAUGAACGAUUUUAAUUAAUUAUUAACAGAUUAACAGGUGUUGAUUUGUGGUUAACAUAGUUUGUGGUUAACAAUUAUCCAGAACCCAAAAGUGAAACUCCCAUCCAGGUCCAUGGCAGUUAGCCCAUCUAAACUGCCUGAACCCUAUAUAAAUAUAUAUUUUUUACAUUUAUAUUUGGGCAUUUAGCAGACACUCUUAUCCAGAGCGACAUACAGUUAGUACAUUCAUCUUAAGAUAGCUAGGUGGGCCAACCACAUAUCACAGUCAUAGUAAGUAUAUUUUUCCUCAAUAAAGUAGCAAAGUCAAGUGCGAGUGUUAGUUCAUGAAAGGCAUUUAUUAUUUUUAGGGGGUUGGGGUGAGGAGGGGUGCAAGGGGGGGGGGGGGUGCUGUCCGAACAUUAAACAAUAUUAUGACACUGUUAAAACAAUGUUAUUACAUAAGAAAGGUCUAGAAAGGUUGAUUCAUAGAGUAAGCAAACAUUUGUUUUUUCUCUCCAGACAUGGGCUCCUGCUCUGUUCCCCUGUUGACCCCGUGCAGUAAGGCAGUGAUGAGUCAGGCCCUGAAGGACAGCUUCAGUGGCUUCUCCAAGGUCCAACGCUGCUAUGGCAUCUCCAACAGUGAGUCCCCUUCUACACCUGCUCAUUCUAUCACUUAUUGUCCUCUCUUUUUCUUCAUUUCUAGUCUAUUUCUAUUUUUUCUACAAGGAUGACAUUAAGUUCACUUUUUGCUCGUUUCCUUGCUGUAUGUCCUACUAAUUUUCUACCCAAUUUGGAUUGGAGGUCAAAGUCAUUUUGGGCUCAUUUUCGAAGGCUUUGUACUCAGCCCAGCUUCAACAAUAGAUUAGCUCCUGCUUUCUACUCUGUAACACCAUGUUUUGUAUGAAAUUGUCCCACCUGUUGCAUGUUGAACUCUUUAAUCAUUAAAAAGUAAGCCUAGUUAAGUCAAAUCAAGUCGAAGACCGGUGUAUUUAGGUGAGGUGUCCAUGGAAUUGUGCUUGAACUUUUUAGUAAUUUUUUGUCACUUUUUUACUUUCUCUCGUUCACAGACCUUCGUAAGUGGACCAAGCAGCAUGUGAUGAAGUGGCUCCACUGGGCGGCCAGUGAGUUCAGCCUGGCCAACGUCCACUUCUUUAAGUUUGACAUGAACGGCCAGGAGCUGUAUGACCUGGGUAAGGAGAGCUUCCUGGACCUGGCCCCAGACUUCGUGGGCGACAUCCUGUGGGAGCACCUGGACCAGAUGAUGAAAGGUAACAAUGGCGUUGGAACGUUUUAGUCAGAUGGUGUUCGUGUGGAAGGCAGAUGGCGGAAAGAGUAGGUGGAGCCAUUUCCAUUUUUCUGACACCUAUCAAAAUGUUAUAUUAGGGUAGUUAUAUUCCUGUAGAAUUACUGUACCCUUUGGCUGAAAGAUACACGCAAAAACAAAUAACUGAUGGUUCCUGACUUUUGUCCUCCAUUGUUUUCUUCCAGAGUGUCAAGAGAGAGAAGAACCCAUAAGCCUCAGCAGUGUUGUGCCCUCAGGAACCAACUGGAUGAGCUCUAGCGGUUAGUGUCCAUUAGAAAAACAAACUAACCAUCAGAGGCUUCAAAUCUAAUUAAACAUCAGAUAGACAAAACAGUGUGGCUUCAGCUUCAUUUGAACAACAGAAGCCUGAAGCUGUCCAGAGAUGUCUCUGAGGUGGGUGUGAUGAGAUGAGCUAAGUGGGCAUUUGUUUGUUCUUCUCUUCUUUCUGCAGGCUUCAGUCUGGAGGAGACCCAGUGCGCCCUGCAGGUGCCUGACAACAGCGACAGUCUGCUGAGAGAGCUGUUUGAGACCUCAGACAAGACCGCCCUGCUGACUCCAGAUCAGGAGUUCUCCAUGUUCUCCAAGCCCCAGCUGAGCACGGUCAACGUCAGCUACGUCAGCAGCAACCCAGGUGCAGGGCAGCUCUCCAAAGCCUGUGAGUAGGCCAACCCACUGUUGUCUAGAAGCUAUUAAUCAAUGUUAAUUAGUGUUCAUUUUCGAUCAAUGUCACAUUAGAGAAAAAAACAAGGCAACACAUAAGCGAUUCCCAAACGAUUUUUGAAUUCAGUGAUAGUUCCUAAACCUGAUCCAGUUUCAGGUGAACUAACCAUUCCUCUUUUUUGUUUAUCAACAGUCUUGUCCCAAGACCAGAGUUUGUGUUCAUUGGAGAGUGUGGACAGCUUUGAGGGGCCAGAGUCCAUGCUGCACUCCUGGGGCAGCCAAUCCUCCCUGGCGGACAACCAGAGGGUGCCGUCCCACGACAGCUUUGAGGACGAGUACAAUAGCAGCACACUGAGUCUGGGGAAGCAGGGCCUGUCCUUCAAGGACUACAUCCAGGAGAGGAACGAGCCUGUGGAAUUGGGAAAGCCUGUCAUAGCUGCUGCCGUGCUGGCUGGCUUCACUGGUGAGUUCAUGAACCCGGUGACACAAUCAAACCCAUUCAUCUUGUAUGGAAUACUAUCCAUCUCUCUGUCAACCCCAAUUUCAACCCCAGUUCAAAACAGUACACUGCAGUUGAGUAUACACAAACAAUGCCUCUUGAUCGCCUUCUGACUCCUCUGCCUAUUUUUUCCUCUCAACAGGAAGUGGUCCUAUCCAGCUGUGGCAGUUCCUGCUGGAGCUCCUGACUGAUAAGAGUUGUCAGGCCAUCAUCAGCUGGACCGGAGACGGCUGGGAGUUCAAACUCACCGACACAGAUGAGGUGAGUGUCAAUUGGCCUCAUACAAUAUGUGUAUAUCAGGUUGUGGAGGAGAUGGCCACAAGGGUUUACAGGACCAGAAAAGUAUUCAUCACAAGAGCUAUCAAAGGACAUCAAUAUGAAGUAAAUGGUUCUGUUUUCCAUUGGUGUUUAUCAUUCUCGCUCUCCCCCAGGUUGCUAGACGCUGGGGCCGCAGGAAGAACAAGCCCAAGAUGAAUUACGAGAAGCUGAGCCGUGGCCUGCGAUACUACUACGACAAGAACAUCAUCCACAAGACCUCGGGCAAGCGCUACGUCUACCGCUUCGUCUGCGACCUGCAGAACCUUCUGGGCUACUCUGCCGAAGAGCUCCACAUCAUGCUGGGGGUCCAGCCUGACACUGAGGAUUGAAUCAACUGCCGUUUUAUCGAAAGGGAAGGGGUUGGAGAUGGAGUCAAUGGGGCUUCACUACCCCAACCUAGCAAAAGUUGCUAAUGGUACAGGCCACCUGAAGGUCAUUUCUGGUCAUUAAACAGGUGGCACUGAGUGAUGUGCACUGACAGUCACUACACUGGUGGGCAGGCAGUGAGCAUCUCUAAUUUGGAGCGGUAGCUCCUGUCUUGGCUCUUGUGCCAUUAAUGUGCAUCGUUGUGCAAGCUUUGGUUGAGAGGGGUGCCAGAAUUUAAAUCAAGCGUUCCCUCUGGGUGAAAGUGUUGUUGUGCAAAUUGUAAUGGAUAAGCUCUGUAUCCAUCUGCAAAGUGGAAAGCAUUUGAUUGCACAGAUGAUAAUGGCGAUCAAUGUAACAUAUCAGAUUUUUUCAUUCAAGCCUGAUACUCAGCAAGUGUGGUGUUUACAGAGUCUGAACAGUGGACAUUUUGACAUACUGUGAAUGAUCUUGGGGUUACUAAAUGAGAACGCUUUUGAGGUGGCAGCUCCAGUGCCUUAAGGCUAGGCACCACACCUUCAUAGGGUAAUUUUCACAAUCAACUUUUACCAGUUGA